GAAAUAUUUUAAGGCGAGGUUCAUGUGAUUGGUGUAAAGUAAUUAAUUGAGACUUUACCUAAACAAGAUUUUUCGUUUUUUGUGUAUUCUCAGCUGUUCUCGUACAAUUGACCAGCUGUCAAAUUCAUAUCUAAUACCUUUAAAUUUUAAUGAAACAAUUCUCUCUCAUAUCUUCUUGCUCUUAGCUCGUCGACACACUUUCCAAAUAUCUAUUCGGAAUUUUUUUGUAAUAUUCGAAGAAUACCCUCGCUCUAUUUCACAGCCAUGCAGUUGAGCCAAGGAACGAGAAAUUUAUCUGCAAACAUAAAUUCUCAGCUUUUCGACAAGUUAAAUUACCGUGGACACGAUUAAACAUUUUGCAAUCUCGUUAAUUAGUAUUGUCAUUAGAUCAACGUUCAUUGGCCUAAUCUGUUACCUAACGACGUUGGCUAGAAUAGAUUAAGCUUCAUAUAUAGAUUAAACGUUUCACAUGAGCUUGUUACUUUGAUGCACGAAGUGUCCAGGUGAACUGCUUGAGGGCUGUGCAAACUCUCUUCCGCGGACGAUCGUUGCUUCGGGAGCUACCAAAGUGGAAGGCAUUUUUGAUCCGUAGUUUAACAACAGGCGACUAGAAUUAAGCUCGGAGUGGUGAGAUAGCCUGGUUGGUGUAGAAGAAGCUGAUUUGGUUGACAGAGUUUAGAGAGUACAUUGAAGCGAUUCACGGACCAUUUGAAUUCAUCGAUCUUAAAAGAUUGGAUGAACUGCAUGUUGAACUGUGGAUCAUCUUCAAAGGAGACAGGAAUCCUCAGAGAAGUGCAUCACUACUACACUACAACUAAGUGAGGUCGAACUAGUGAUAUAAAUACUUCUUAUAAAAAAACUGUGCAGUAAAGUAGAUCCCGCUCUAUCUGAAGAUAUUGGAUAACAACAAAGAUCCCCUUUUGCAAAGCAGUUUGGAAGCUGCCGUUGCCGACGUUAGCUUAUCACAAUGGCUUCUCAUUCGUAUCCAACCAUGCGUUAUCGUCAUCCAUACUUGCUGGACAACCAUCCUCACGCGAUGCUGUACACGCCUUAUGGCUACACUGGCAUUCCCUUGACACCGGAACAAAAUUUUGUCAGAUUUUCAAAUCCAAGUGCAAGCCAGAGAUAUGACGCCUACGGGGACUCAGGACGUGCUGUCAUCCUUUCACCGUUCUUGCCUGCAUAUUCGCGAACAGGUCAGCCUCGAUAUCAACGACGGAUGCGGAUUCGUACGAACUUCUCGCAAUGGCAAAUCGACGAAUUGGAAAGAGCGUUUGAGACAACGCAUUAUCCUGAUGUGUUCAUGAGGGAAUCCCUCGGUUUAAGACUGGACCUGACCGAGGCCAGAGUUCAGGUGUGGUUUCAGAAUCGCCGGGCAAAAUGGCGUCGAAAGCAGAGAACUGUUGAAGAGGAGAAUGGAAACGAGACGUCUCUGGGCAGCGGGCCCGAGGAAUGUUCAGGCGGUACGGGCCAGGACGAGGACGCCCAGCCACAGGAGACCAUAGUGAGAGAGGUCGAUGAAAAUGUUAAUGUAGAAUAUGAAGUUGAGGAAGAGAACGAAAGCGAAGUGCAAAGCAGUUUGGAUGGAAACCGUGCGAUAAAGAACGAGGGAAGCUUCGAAGUAGACGCAAGUCAUCAGGGGAUGAUGGGAACGCUAGCUUCAGAAAAUCUCUCUUAUAAUGACUUCGGCAAAGAUUCUUCACCAGAGAAUUUCUCACUGGACAGAAAAGAGGAUAAACAGAAGGAUGUAAACCUGUCUCGUAAGUUCUCGUAUGAUGCCCACGCUGAAAUGCAUUCCUCGCCCAAGCAAUAUGAAGCUGUCGUGAGGGGUACGUAUCCACCCCAACCUUCAAUGGCGCACAUGAUCUACCCCACCUAUUUUGACAUUCUUUCCAACAUGAAAAGCAGCGCGCAUGCUCAAAAUAUCGUUCGGAAGCAAGACGAACUGUGUGUAGCAAAAUCGCAAACAGGCUGCUCGUGUUGUUGCAAGAAAUAUAACUCGUGAGGCGAUUGGCUGGUCUCACAACACGUGACACGGUAUGUCGUAUCAGCGAUGGUUGAGGAGAUUUCAUGUCGCAAAGAAGCAAAGCCUUUGGGAUGUUUGGUUGGAACAAAGUGCUUUUGAAACAAGCGGCCAUCUGCAAGAAAAUAACUAAGAGAUAUCAUAAUAAUAAAAGACAUCAUUAAAGAAUUGGAAAAUAUAAGAUACUUUGUAGACGAAGAAACUAGUUUUGGUGUAAUUUGCACUUGCUCCACAUGUGCGUGUGAGUCUAAGUGAACAUUUGUAAAGCAAGUUCCACGUUACCGGGACUAUCAAUCACAUCCAUAAAUUUGUAGCCUUUUGA